AUGUCCAAAUUUGAUGCUGCACCCCCAAAUACCCAUGCGGGCGGUGACGAUGAUGCUCUACGAACUCAUGGCACAUUACCCAUGAACAACCCACCAGCCGUGGCCGAUGAGAGGGUAAACAUGGCGGUGUAUAGGCAGGAUAUCCCGCGCUGGAAAAGAAUAUAUCAGAACAGUCUGACCCAGAUGCUCCUGCUAAGUGUCCAAGGCUUCUGCGGCCCAGCCAUGGCGGACGCGAUCGCAGGUCUCGGUGGUGGUGGUCUGGCAACUCCUCAGACAUCAAACAUAGCUGUUGCGGUGAACUAUGCUUGUCUCGCAAUCGUUUGUCUAAUUGGCGGCCCUAUUGUCAACAAGCUCGGGACAAAAUGGUCUUUAGUCAUUGGAGCCAUGUCAUUUCCCAUCCGUGGCUCGUCCUACUACUGCAACAGUCAAUUUGGAACACAAUGGUAUCUCAUCCUUGGUGGUUUCUUCACCGGUAUCGGUACCGGUUGUUGGUAUGUCGCAGAGAGUGGUUCUAUCAUGUCACUUGCUCCAUCUGGUUCUCGUGGAAAGUACCUGGCUUUGUGGAUUGUCUCGCGCAAUCUUGGACAGCUAGUUGGAGGUGCUAUCAAUUUAUCGAAAAAUCAUGUCAAGGGUGCCGUUGGCGGAGUUACGCCAGACACCUAUAUUGCAUUUUUGAUUAUCGAAUGUCUAGCCUUGCCAUUUGCGCUGCUCAUCUCCCCCCUAGAACGGGUCGUACGUUCCGACGGGACCCGGAUUCUCGUCUCGGAGAAGCUCAGGACCAAGGAAGAGUUCAAACUCAUCAAGUCCACCAUGUUCUCCAAACUCAUUGUGCUUUCAGCUCUCUGGGCCGUCUGGUCGUUCUUCUACAGCGGCACUUGGUCCACGUACCUGGGCACCUAUUUCUCGGUUCGUGCGCGCGCCCUCUCUUCUCUGAUUUCGCCAUUUUUCUGCAUUGUUGGAUGCUUCGGCCUUGGAUUCAUCCUUGAUCUGAAAGGGGUUGGUCAGCGCCGCAGGGCCCAGCUCGGCCUGUAUACCGUUGUCAUCCUGAAUUUGGGCGUCUACAUCUGGUCCAUCAUUAUGCAAGUGAAGUUCAACAAGACAAAUCCAGGCAAGAUUGACUGGGAAGACUCGCUCUAUGCCUCCAGCUUCCUCCCGUACUUCUUUGUUCAGACUACCGGUCCCUUGUCGCAGUCGUACAUGUACUGGCUUCUGUCGUCCUUUGCGACUGAUGCACAGUCAAACGUCCGUAACGGAGCCGCCUUCAGGUGUCUCGAAGCUGUUGGUCAAGCCAUCUCUUAUGGCAUGAACACCCAGAUCAAAACCAGCCCAUUAAUUGGAUUCUCCGUUACUUUCGGUCUUAUGGCACUUGCAUUCGGACCCAUGCUCGUCCUAGUCAACAUGACCCCGGAGCGGAUCCCAGCCGAUGUCAUUCUGGAGGGACAGGAGGCUGAAGACAGGAAGAUCGCCGAGCCCAAGGCCGGGGAAGCGUAG